GAGAGAUCCUUUUGCGGAUUUCUUUACAGGCCUUUAUCAUGUUUUCUCUCAGCGCUAGUAUCAUGUGUUUUUCCUGACGCUCGUAAUGGCCAAUUUGCCGACAGCUUUCGCUUUCUCGCUCACUCGCGCAUCUCGCAUAAGUUAUGCGACUGCCGGACCAACAGCAGCAUAGAACGCCAUUUGCGGGGCAUCCCUUCGCACAAUUGUCCGCUCCCUCACUCGCCCGAUCUUGAGUCCUCUGCGACGUUCUGCACGGCAUCGCUCAGUUACGUCCGUUCAAUUUUUGAUUGAGAUUGCCAAGCCACGAAGUUCUCGAGUUCUAUAGGGUAACCAUUAUUCUCCGCCAGCUCUUAUCAGUAAUAGCAAGAUGGACUCUACUUUGGGAGGUCUCUCCAUGUCAGGCUUGGCACAGUCACACGUCCAAGUGCGUACCUGCAUCCAUUGUCGCCAACGUCGAGUCAAAUGCGACCGUCAGUUUCCCCAAUGUUCCAAUUGUAUAAGGUCCGAAGUCAAUUGCAUCUAUCCACCCGGUAGAGGCAGGGCGCCCAAGAGGCCAAAACGCAGCCUUGCACCCCAACUAUCAGAGCGUUUGUCUCGUCUUGAGAGCAUAAUUGGACAGUUCGGUGCUGCUGCCAGAGAGAAUCAGGACACCCCUCCAACUGCGCAAGACAGUGAGAGCCAGUCGUUUGAGCAGGACUUCAGUCGUCUCAAAGUCGAUGAAUCAAAGAGUUACUAUGUGAACAAUGCAUUAUGGGUCACUUUAUCAAAUGAGGUUGAGGAACUUCGUGAUCUUCUUUUUGAGCCUGCUAGUGAAGAUGCCGGCUACGAGCCUUCUAUAUCUUCAUCCGCCACCACUGCUGCUACUUCACCGUCAUCUCCCCAGCUGGGACUGAACGCUGCCAUUUUUGGCUAUCGCGCUAUUGCUUCACCUCUGUACCAUUACCAUCCCUCGUUACAGCAGGCUGUCACGCUUUUUGCCGCAUUCAGCGAGAAUGUUGCGCCGUUGGUCCGCAUAUUUCACAUGCCGACAUUGACAAGAAUCUACUGGGAUGCCAUCGCAUCUCUUGGCACAGUAGACAAGCAUACCGAGACCCUUUUAUUCACCAUUCAUUACUCCGCUGUCAUCAGUCUCAAUCCAGAACAAUGUCUAAAUAUUUUGGACGAGACUCGUGAGGCUGCCCUGGAAAGAUAUCGGUUUGCAGUGGAACAGGCUCUCGCCCAAGGCAACCUACUGAGCACUCAGAGCAUGACCAUGUUGCAGGCCGCAGUGCUCUUCUUAUCCGCUCUACCAAAUGAAGACGACUCGCGUGCUGCAUGGGCUCUUACAUCGCUGGUCUUCCAUAUCGCAAGGACCAUGGGUCUCCAUCGUGAUGGGACAAUAUUUGGGCUAAAACCUUUCGAGACUGAGCUGCGCCGCCGAUUAUGGUGGCAGAUCUGCAUUAUUGAUAGUCGUUCAUCAGAAUAUCACUGCAAUGAGCCCAUUGCGCAGGGUUUCGUUACAGAUACCAAGCCCCCAUUGCACAUCAACGAUGUUGACUUGUCGCCUGAGAUGGUGGGGCCUCCAGCUGAAAGAUGGGACCAUGCGACCGACAUGACGCUCACCUUGGUCAGGUGUGAGGCUAUACAAACAGGCCUGAAAAUGGGUCGCAUGAGACACAAGCAGAACAAAACAACAGAAGAUGGAGGCACCCCAAGGGUAGAUGACACGAAGUCUCUAAUUCAAGAGUUGGAAACUCGGUUGCGGGACAAGUAUCUACCCAUCUGCGAUGCAUCAGUGCCAUUCCAACUUCUUUCCUCAGCAGUGGCACAAAUCAUUCUUGGACGAUUCUGGCUUAUAACCCAGUACUCAGUGGUGUCACGGGAGAAGGAAGUCGGCGGUAAAAACACCAGUAACCAAUUCCCCCCCACUCCCAACACCGCAGGCCAGCUGGAGAACAAAGUACGUGAUGAGCUCUUUCAAACUUCAAUCAAAAUAUUGGAAGUGUCAGGCAUGCUUCUCACAAGCAAGGAAAUUAUACAAUUCACAUGGUACUCAAAAACUCACAUCCAAUGGGGCGCCAUGGCAUUUGUUCUUUCUGAGCUGUGCGCUCGACCUCAAUCUCCCCAAUGCGAUCAGGCAUGGGACUGCGUAACAACAGUAUACGAGGGGUGGAAAGUCGAUGAGAGCAGACAAGAUGAAACACGACUUGCCUUGUGGCGACCUAUAAAGCGGCUCAUGGCCAAAGCUCGCUAUGUCAAAGAGAUGCAGCAGACAACUCCGGGACGGUCGUCGAACGCCGGCCGUAGGGUUCAGAGGCGAGAUCCCGUACUAUACUCUCCUUCACCGGGACUUUUCUCCCAGUAUCCGACACCUACUUAUCCCAACAAUUGGUAUGGAACGCUGCAGCAGACACCACCUUCUAUACCAACGUCUGAAGCAUCAUUGCCUGGAUUGGCAGCAGUGCCUCUUGAUAACAGUAGCCAGUCAGAUGCUUUGCAAAGAGUACUUGGUACCGAAACUCUGGGCCCUUUUAUGGACAUGAUUCCGGAAUGGCCCUGGGUCGAUGCUGAACAUGGCGCCUCAUCGCGGGCGGGUUUCGAUCUCGGGCCACCAAGAUUUAAUUAAUGAAUGAUUGAAUCAUCUAGCAGCUACAAAUCUUACAGUCUCGCUUUUAUUACACAAAUAUAAAAAAUCCCUUCAUGGGCAAUCUACUACAAUAUAAGAGCACA